AUGGCAAUGGAAAUGGGACCUGGCAUUCCUCGCAGGUGUCCGUGUGGAGCAUUGACUAUUGUAUUGACAUCCAAGACGAAGGAAAACCCUGGUCGGCGAUUCUACAGAUGUGGGGUUAUUUUUGGGGAAAAUCACGUUUUCAAGUGGGCAGAUGAAGCCAUCCUCGAGGAGAUAGAAGCAUUGGCCGCGAGGCAGUCUACAAUCGAGAAUGACCUCAUUGAACUGAAGGGCCACCUUCUAGACAUGAAGAAAGACACUACCGAGAUUGUUGAAGUUGUUGCGGUAUUGUCUACCAAGAUUCAAAAGUAG